AUGUCAGAGUCCCAGGAAAAAUUCGAAUUAUCAGCUCAGCAACUAGAAGAAGCUACUGCCCCAAUCGAUCCAGCCCAGACGCAGGAUGGUGAUGCGACAGCACCAGCAAACACUUCACUUUGUGGUGUAUGCAACGUAGAUCCUCCCAAGUACAAGUGCCCACGGUGUCGUCUGCCGUACUGCUCUGUUGCUUGUAACAAGAUCCAUCGCGAGAAUCAUCCUCCCGAUCCCGAUCCAACACAAACGCCGCAGCCCGAGCCUGCACAUUCGCAAUUACCAUCACGGCCUCCACCUUCAGACCGUUCAAAUCCUUUCUCCGCGCUCGAAGGAUCAGAAAAGCUUCGCCUUCUUUUCAGAAAAUACCCCAACCUUCCCGAACAGCUCCGUAAAAUUGAUGCUGCCACUCUUCCACCUCCCGAGACCAAGUCCUCCAUCCCUGCCUCCCUUCUCAAGGGUCUUCCUCCGAAACAGGAGGCAUGGAACCAUGACAUAGGCUUACAGAACGGCAAGGAGGCCCUGCGCAAGGCUCGUCGCGCUCACGGGGAGCAGGGCGACGCGAUUCGUGAGUAUUCGGAGCUUAUCCUGCACUUGAUGAAUACCGAGAAUGCGACCACGGACGUCGACAAUGCUCUUAGACAGCAACUUGCGCAGGAGGAUACGAAACUUAUAGAGCGCUUGAUGGCGCAGGAAAAGCGCUGA